AUGGACGCUACCACAACACAAGUGCAGCCUCUGGCUGACCGCUCCACCAACACUCACCUUGCCAACAAUGUUGACAAGGACAUGAAGUCUGCCGACCUGUCUUCAAUGGAGUACCACAGACAGGCACUGCAGGGCAAGCAAGAUAGUGGCGAGAAAGAACCAGCUGCCUACAUCUCCCCCUCGGACGAUAUCAUGAGCCCUUGCACAAAGAAGCUGAGCGAUAUCAAGGGCAAGCGAUUCAAGAAUGCCGGCAAGCCCCAGUCCCUCUUCGCUAAGCUGGGCAAGAAGAGCUACGAACAAUCGUCAUCGGCCGAGUGCCGCACAGAAUAG